AUGACUUUCACGCACGCUCUAAUUCUCCGAAUACCAGAUCAAAUUAGAUUAGAAAAAAAGAUAAAAGCUGAAAUACCACUCCUUCAAAAACAGCAAGAGGGUUUGGCGGAAACUCUAAGAGAAUCAGGUAGAGUGGAUGUUAUUUAUAUCGACGUUCCUGAAGGAAUUUCAUCGGAGUUCUUCAAUGUUGACGAUACUGCCGUUGUCAUAAAUGGAACAGCACUGAUGUGUCAACCAAGAAACCCGGGCGCCUUGUAUUUCGAAAUUAAAACGGUACUGACUGAUAUAUGUUGGACUUUACAUGAAUGCCCAGAGCAAUACAACGGGAAGAAAGUCUAUUUAGAAGGCUCGGAUGUUCUGUUCACUGGUAAAGAAAUAUUCGUAGGGAUUCGUAAGCACGGUACCAAUAUGGAAGGAGCUAUGUUUUUGGCUAAAAUUUUCUGUGAUUUAAAUGUUAUUCCUAUUCAAUUGGGAGAUAAGGCUGGACCUUUGAAGAGCUAUGUAUCAAUGGCUUCUAAUAACAUUUUAUCUAUUGGGGUUGGCAAAGAAGCACAGCAAAUUCUUAAGAAAAUGGAACAAGAGGCUACUUUCCAGUACCAGGUAAUCAAGAUUGAAGAAGAGGAUUGUGUAAAUUGUCUAUUCGUUAAUGGUCGUAUAAUAUUUCGGAAGGAUAAGAACGAGCCGAAAUUUGUAUCACUCCAAUCUGCUGGUGUAGAGCUUUGGGCUUUAGAUGUAUCAGAACUAGUAAAGAUCGGAACACCAUUUUCACGUUAUUGCUUACUCUUCAAAGAGAUUCGGACUAGCCGAGCAAAAUAG